AUGCGCGCGAUGCAAGCGGAGCUGGCGAUGCUGGAGGCUGGGGCCGCCACAAUGCCAGAGGGAGGAGGCGAGGCGCCGCCGGCGACGGGCGGCCGCGUGACGCCGCCGGGGCGUGAGCCGGGCGCCUUCGACUUCGCGAUGCCGACGGCGAAGAAGCGCAAGCCGACGCCCGUGCAGCCGAGUCUGCCCGCCGCGCUCGCCGCGCCCUUCACGGUGGACGUGGAGCAGGAGCCUGAGGGCACCCUCGGCGACAUGGCGCUCAAGGUGACGGCCGUGGCCGUCGACGUCGACCUCAAGGUGACGGCCGUGGUCGUCGACGGCGACGCGCCCAUGGAGCUCGGCCCGCUCUGCGAGCACGCGGCCGCCGAGCGCGCAGCAGCCUAA